AACAUGGUGAAACUGCAUCUCUAUUAAAAAUAUAAAAAUUAGCCAGGCAUGGUGAUACAUGCCUGUAAUCCCAGCUACUCAGGCAGGAGAAUCACUUGAACCUGGGAGGCGGAGGUUGCAGUGAGCCGAGAUCGCGCCAUUGCACUCCAGCCUGGGUGAUAGAGUGAGACUCCAUCUAAAAAAAGAACAUAUAUCAGUUCCUGCUGUAAUAUAGAUGGAGAAAAAAAUGAAGGAUAGUUAAUAACUGAGAAUUGAGGAAUUGUGAGCUAGGGAGACAGACUCUUGGCUCCCUGCUUCAUGGAACCUUUCAUAUUUCCAUUUAAGGAUUACAAAAUACUUUGAUGUCUUCAAGAUCCAUGAGAUAGGAGUAUAUUAUAAGGACGGCUUUUCGGCCAGGCGUGGUGGCUUACGCCUGUAAUCCCAGCACUUUGGGUGGCCAAGGCAGGUGGGUCACUUGAGGCCAGGAGUUCAAGACCAGCCUGGCCAACAUGGCAAAACCUCAUCUCUACUAAAAAAAAAAUAUAAAAAUUAGCCGGGCAUGGUGGUGCACGCCUGUAAUCACAGCUACUUGGGAGGCUGAGGCAGGACAAUCACUUGAACCCGGAAGGAAGAGGUUUCAGUGAGCCGAGAUGGCACUACUGCACUCCAGCCUGGGCAACAGAGCAAGACUCUGUCUCAAAAAAAAAAAAAAAAAAAAGAAGGAUGCCUUUUAUUAAUCAGUUUAAUGACAUGUUUAAUAAGUUACUGGGUAACAAUGAGGAAACCUAGCCCUGUCUAUUCAUUUGGGUUUGAAAGAUUAGAAGUCCUGGCUGUAUUUGCCUCCACAGUCUUGGCACAGUUGGGAGCUCUCUUUAUAUUAAAAGAAAGUGCAGAACGCUUUUUGGAACAGCCUGAGAUACACACGGGAAGAUUAUUAGUUGGUACUUUUGUGGCUCUUUCUUUCAACCUGUUCACGAUGCUUUCUAUUCGGAAUAAACCUUUUGCUUAUGUCUCAGAAGCUGCUAGUACGAGCUGGCUUCAAGAGCAUGUUGCAGAUCUUAGUCGAAGCUUGUGUGGAAUUAUUCCAGGACUUAGCAGUAUCUUCCUUCCCCGAAUGAAUCCAUUUGUUUUGAUUGAUCUUGCUGGAGCAUUUGCUCUUUGUAUUACAUAUAUGCUCAUUGAAAUUAAUAAUUAUUUUGCCGUAGACACUGCCUCUGCUAUAGCCAUUGCCUUGAUGACAUUUGGCACUAUGUAUCCCAUGAGUGUGUACAGUGGGAAAGUCUUACUCCAGACAACACCACCGCAUGUUAUUGGUCAGUUGGACAAACUCAUCAGAGAGGUAUCUACCUUAGAUGGAGUUUUAGAAGUCCGAAAUGAACAUUUUUGGACCCUAGGUUUUGGCUCAUUGGCUGGAUCAGUGCAUGUAAGAAUUCGACGAGAUGCCAAUGAACAAAUGGUUCUUGCUCAUGUGACCAACAGGCUGUACACUCUAGUGUCUACUCUGACUGUUCAAAUUUUCAAGGAUGACUGGAUUAGGCCUGCCUUAUUGUCUGGGCCUGUUGCAGCCAAUGUCCUAAACUUUUCAGAUCAUCACGUAAUCCCAAUCCCUCUUUUAAAGGGUACUGAUGAUUUGAACCCAGUUACAUCAACUCCAGCUAAACCUAGUAGUCCACCUCCAGAAUUUUCAUUUAACACUCCUGGGAAAAAUGUGAACCCAGUUAUUCUUCUAAACACACAAACAAGGCCUUAUGGUUUUGGUCUCAAUCAUGGACACACACCUUACAGCAGCAUGCUUAAUCAAGGACUUGGAGUUCCAGGAAUUGGAGCAACUCAAGGAUUGAGGACUGGUUUUACAAAUAUACCAAGUAGAUAUGGAACUAAUAAUAGAAUUGGACAACCAAGACCAUGAUAGACUCUAACUUAUUUUUAUGAAGAAUAUUGAUUCUUUGGCUUCCAAUUUAUUUAGUAAUCCAACUUUGCAUUGACUGUUUAAUCAUUUACUCUAAAUGUUAGAUAAUAGUAAGCUUGUUCACAUUUCAUGAAACCUAUGAAACUAUAUUUUUGUAAAAUGUAUUUGUGACAGUGAAAUCCUCGUAAAUGUUAAAGGCUUUAAAUAGGCUUCCUUUAGAAAAUGUGUUUCUUUAAAUUUGGAUUUUGGUAUCUUUGGUUUUGUAGUUGACUGCAGUGUGAUGUGACCUUACCUUUAUAAGAGCCACUUGAUGGAGUGGAUCUGUCACAUUACUAAGAUACAAUAUUUCUUUUUUUUUCUGAGACGGAGUCUUGCUCUGCCACUGUGCCCGGCCAAUACAUUAUUAUUAACUUAAGGCUGUACUUUAUUAAGGCUUCCUUAGUUUUUGUUUUGUUUUGUUUUGUUUUUUGAGAUGGAGUCUCACUCUGUCGCCCGGGCUGGAAUGCAGUAGCGUGAUCUCAGCUUACUGCAACCUCUGCCUCCUGGGUUCAAAUGAUUCUCCUGCCUCGGCCUCCCGAGUAGCUGGGAUUACAGGCAUCUGCCACCACGCCUAGCUAAUUUUUGUAUUUUUAGUAAAGAUGGGGGAUUUCACCAUGUUGGCCAGGCUGGUCUUGAACUCCUGACCUCAUGAUCCACCCACCUUAGCCUCCCAAAGUGCUGGGAUUAGGUGUGAGCCACCGCGCCUGGCCGAUAUUUUCUUUAGUGAAAUUUAUAAACAUGCUUCUUGAGUAAUACACAUUUUGGGAAAGGGAAAAAUGUCUGUUCAAAAAGUAAAAGUCUCUUUUAUAGCUUUUCCAACUUAAUUGCUACAUUUUUCUUUGAGAUUCUCCUGAAUUAUGUCUUACAAACUAAAAGCAAAAAUUUUUAGCAGAAAUUUUGGAAUACAUGCUAUCUAGCACAAUUUGAAUUUUUAAUUAUCAAGAUUUUUGUUAAAGUUUCUCUCCUUUAAAAAUUUUAGUACAUUUGUAAAUAGUCCAUGGUUCUCGGUGUUUUAUUUUGAUUAAGGGACUACCCAACUUUUGGUGAUAUGCAGUGAAAGAAUCCCAAUUUUCUAUGUUACAUUUAAUCAAAUACUGACAUAAUGAAUUUAUCUUUUCUGACACAUUUCCAUUCAUUGGCUUUUUAAUUUCCUAUUUUAUUAACAAAAUAUAUCAAAUAUAUUACCAAAACACAUGGAGUUCCAUACAUAAUAUGGAAUUUUAUGUCUUUUCAAGUUGCACAAAGAAUUUGAGCAUAUAUAAUAUAAUUUUACCAAAGCAUAAUGGACCUUAGAUUAUAGAAUACAGCAUUGUUAGGUCUGCAGUGGGCAGUUUCUUUUUGUUUUGCUUUGUCAAAAAUGGGAAAUUGUUAACUGUGAUGAAGUGUGAGAAUUACGUAGAUUAUGUUAUUUUUUAGUUGUUUUCCAAAUGUAGAGUUUAAGGACUUUCUAACAUGGCUAAUAUUACUUCCAAAAAGUAUAACAAGCAGCAGUCACACAUGACCUAGGAGGGUUUUUUAUUGUUUUAUUUUAUUAUGCAUACCAUAACAGUUUUAAAAUGGGAUUUUGAGAAUGGACUUAACUUUCCUGGAAUCCAAUGCUCCUGGAGAUUUAUGACUCUCCCAGCCAUCAGCCAGCUAUCUAGAGAAGAUUUUUGUUUUUCUAGAAUUUGCAACAGUUUCUUCAGUCAACUCAUUCACUUUCAAAUAGGAGCAGCACUUUGAAAUCCUUUUUCUUCACUGUGGAUUAAAAACAUCCAAGAAGCCAUCUGUGUCAAGCAGAAUUGUCAUCUGUGGUAAUAAGUGACCAUGUCCUAAAGACUUUUUCUUAGUGAGGAGUUGGUCAUUGUCUUUGACAUCUGCAACCCCUGUUGAGGCAUGUGACCUGCUAAAGAAAUACAGCCUACGCUACCUUGACUACUGGGGAAAAUGAUACUUCGUAAAAUGUAAUAAGGCAACCUGUUCCUUGGCCUUUAUCUUAUGUUUUCCAACUAUUACUGUAUCUGUUAUUGGUCUACUAUUACAGGAUGAUUCUUCUUCCUCCAUUGAUCUCAACUAAAUGUGAAUUAGGGUCAUGCAUGAAAUCUGAACUGCCAUGUCCUGAGUUAUGGUUAAGAGGUAUGUGCUGCCACCCCAUGCAUGUCUUCCCCAUCCCCAUAGGAUUUUAAAAUGUUCAGGUACCAAACACAGUUCUGUGUGAGGUUUUAUGCCUACUUCCUCAACACCAAUUCAGAGGCAACACCUGUGCAUCUGUCCCACCAAAGGUGCUUUAAUACCUACCUUCACUAUUUGAGAAAGGACACUCACAGUUGCCUGUGGGUUAUGAAAGAAUUGGCCCUACUUCCUGAAUGUAAGAUGUUACAGGGGACAUUGGCCCAUGCAUUAUUAUAUAGAGAAGUCUUAUUUGCCAAGCUCUGACUAACUUCUGGAUAUGAAAAUAAGGAGCUCGCCCAGCAUAGGCCUAUAGGCAGCAGCCUUACUAGUAAAUCUUGCCACAGAAUCACUUGAAGCUAGACAGAGAAAGAAGUUCAAUUUAAAUAUUUGUCCCAUUGUUUGUGAUUAAGAUGUAAGCUCUGUGGAGUGUAAUUAACCCUGCUUUAUGAAGUCACCAUAUUAUAAUGAGAAAAACACUGCAUAGGAGGCAAGAGAUCUGAAUUCCAGUUCUGAUGCUGCCACUGUGUAAGGAAGUAGUUUUAUAACCCAUGGGCAAAUCAUAUGAGCUUUCUCAUCUGUAAAGUUAGGGAGAGGAAUUAAUUAGUUGAUCUGUAAAAUAUCAGCUUCAAAACGUUAUGGCUAAAUCUGUAGAAUGUGUGCCCAAUUGCUAAACAGAUGUUGUGCCCAGAAUUUUAUCUAGUGACUACCUCAACAUACAGGCCAAGUGUUACCUACACCAACACCCAAGCCAUUAAUUUGAGGUGCCAUGAGAAUAGGUGAACCACAGCCUAACACCAUUUAGGUUUUUGUGUUUUUUUCAGGCUUGCCUCUACUUAAAUAUAUUUAGAUUAGAGAGUUUUCUUAGACUUCUUUCUUUGUAAGGAAGGGUUAUUUGGGGAAGUGUUGGAAAAAAGAUUAGGGCAGGGUACCCUUAGUUUAUAUAGGGUACAAAAGAAUGGGAAACAUCUUCCCUUUCUUCUUUAAUCUCUGAAGUCAUGUUUGGAAUUACAUAUAAUGUAGCAGAUACUGGAGAGGACCUGAAUUUCAAGCCUCUGAUUUAGCUAUUUGUAAACUUCCAAGUUUUGCUUGACUAAAGAAUGCUGAUCUUUUUUGGGAGUCUGAUCUCCUUCUAAUAUCAGAAAGUGCUUUUUACAUUCCAGAUUGUUUGAAUUAAACUGUUUGGAUUAAAGAACA